UUUGAAAUAUGUAAUUAAAUUAUACUGCAAAGUAAAAUCAACAAGGAAGUAUAAACUUCUGAAAAUUAUUUUAAGAUCCUCGACAUUAUAUAGUUGAUAUCAGUCUUUGUCUCUCUCAGUCUUUCAUGAUUUUAUUUUAUUUAGUUUUCUUAAUUCUGAUAUACAAUAUAUUUAAUUGUAAUACUACUAACAUAAAACAAAUAAAUUAAAUUCACUAAUUAAAAAAAAAAAAAUGUUAAACUUCACACGCAAAGGAAAUGUGAUUUAAAAAAAAUAUAUAAAGUUCAUUUAAGCAAGUCAAUAAAAAAUGGAUAUUUAUAAAACUGAAACGUUUUUAAAGAAAAUCAGACCUCAUCUUCAUAUAAAAAUUUGUUUGAAAAUUUUACGUUAUAUGGGAACAUGGCCACCUGAAACAUUAGGUUUUACUCGUGUUUUAUUUUUCAUUUAUAGUUUUUUCUUUUUUCUAAUUGUUUUGGGAAUUUAUGUUUUUGUCGAAUUCAUGAAUAUUGCCGUAAAUUAUAAUGAUGUCAAUAAACUUGCAUCAGGAGGUCCUCUAUUCAUCACUAAUGCUUUGAACGCCUAUAAAUUUAUUACAUUUAUUCGAUAUCAUCGAAGAAUAUAUAAGCUUAUCUCAGUUAUCGAGAGUCCUGUUUUUUCCAAAGAUAACAUAAGAUACGAUAAGAUAGUGUCUUGGUAUGCUUGGCAGGGUUUAUUCCAUUAUGGUGUUUAUCAAAUGUUUGCAUUUUUUGCUGUUUUUUUCUGGUCAUUUAUUCCUUUAACUGAUAUUCUAAAUGGCAAUGAAAAAAAAUUGCCAUUAGAUGGCUGGUACCCUUAUGACACAACGAAAUCAGUUGCCUUUUUUAUCACUUGGGCACAUCAGUCAAUAGGAAUUAUUCUCUGUUGUAUUAAUAAUACAGCCAUCGAUUCAUUUAUCGCUGGUUUGAUAAAUGUUGCAUCGUGUCAAUUUGAAAUAUUAAAAUGGAAUUUUUGUUCCAUAGAAGAGAAUAUUGAAAAAGGAAAUAUUUCAUCAAAUUUUGAAGAAAAGAAUAAUAAUGAAAAUGAAAUAAUCAAUGAUCAAAUACGCGACUGUAUUAAGCAUAAUUUAGCAAUUUUUGAUUUUGUUAAUGAAAUUGAAAAUAUAUUCAGUACUGUGGUUGGAUUACAAUUAAUUUUGAGCUGUUUUGUUAUUUGUUUAUCAACUUUUUAUCUAUCGCAGAUGACAACAUUUACUACAGUGGAAUUAAUUGGAAAUUUUGGCUACGUUUUGACAAUGACGUAUCAAAUUUUUACAUUCACAUAUCAGGGCAAUGAAUUAUAUCUUCAAAAUGAAAAUUUGAGUACUGCAAUUUAUAUGGGCAACUGGUGGAAAUUAAAUUUAAAUUACAAACGUGAUUUAUAUAUGAUCAUGAUUAGAACUCGUAGACCACUUAUUGUUUCUACAGAUUUUCUAAUUAAAUUAUCAAUUCCAACAUUUAUGUCAAUUAUUCAAAUGUCAUAUUCAAUGUAUAUGCUUCUUCGCAGAAAAAAUGUCAAUUAUUAGAAAAGGAUUUCGUGUUGCCAAAAAAAAGUCUACAUAGUCCCUAUAUUUUAAAGUUGAAAUAUUUUUCUAGCUAUAGUUUAAUUAAAUAUUAUUUUAUAAACUUA